AUGACUAGCUCGGACAUCCUCAGCACCAUCGGUUAUGACAACAUCAUCCAGCAUCUGAACAAUGGCCGCAAGAACUGCAAAGAGUUCGAAGACUUCUUAAAAGAAAGGGCAUCCAUUGAAGAGAGAUAUGGCAAAGACCUGCUCAACCUCUCUAGGAAGAAGCCAUGUGGACAAUAUGAGAUCAACACUCUGAAGCGGGCCCUUGACAUCUUCAAGCAGCAAGUUGACAACGUGGCACAAUGUCACAUUCAGCUCGCACAGACUCUGAGAGAAGAGGCCAGGAAAAUGGAAGAAUUCAGGGAAAAGCAAAAGCUACAGCGGAAAAAGACAGAGCUUAUCAUGGAUGCUGCCCACAAACAAAAGAGCUUGCAAUUCAAGAAAACCAUGGACGCAAAGAAAAGCUACGAGCAGAAAUGCCGGGACAAGGAUGAAGCUGAGCAGGCCGUCCAGAGGAAUGCCUGCCAGGUGAACCCGAAGCAACAAGAAAAGCUUUUUGUGAAGUUGGCGACGUCAAAGACUGCAGCAGAAGAUGCUGAUAAAGCCUAUAUGCUGCACAUCACCACGCUGGAGAGGGUCCGGGAAGAGUGGCAGAGCGAGCACAUCAAGGCCUGCGAGGCAUUUGAGGCUCAAGAGUGUGAGCGGAUAAACUUCUUCCGGAAUGCACUGUGGUUACAUGUGAAUCAGCUGUCACAACAAUGUGUCACAAGCGAUGAUAUGUAUGAAAAAGUCCGCAAGAGCUUGGAAAUAUGCAGCAUCGAGAACGACAUUGAGUACUUUGUGAAUCAACGGAAAACUGGGCAGAGUCCACCAGCACCGAUCUUGUACGAGAACUUCUACAGCCCCCAGAAGAGUGCAUCCCCACCAGGAAAGCCGACGGGACCUAACGUGCCGAGGAGAGGACCUCUCCCACUUCCUAGAAAUGCACCAGAUGAUCCAGAAUAUUCUUUGGUUGACAACUACAGUCUGCUCUAUCAGUAGCCUCAAUGUGCUUCUACGGCAUGGAAGGAGGCACCUGGAGUGGCCACAUCUAUAGCCAAUGCGUGUCAAUCACAAAGACACUGAAGUGAAACUUUGCAGUAAUUUUUUGAUAUUUUAAAAUUUGUGGUAGAUCAACUUUAGCUAGUAGGGGCUCUGCCAAUUUCUGAAGAAGUUUAUAAAUUGCCUAGCCUGAAGAAUCACCGUUCCCAAUGAAGAAUCACCCAUUCCCAAUCAAUUACUAAAGUUGUGAGUGCAUUGUGCUUUUGGCUUGGGAAGCCAGAGAAGUUUGGGGAUUCCGUGCAGAAGAACUUGCACCAGCAGCCUGUUGACCAGACUCCUUUGGGUUGUCAAGAGCAGCAGAGGAUGGUGGCUUGGCUAUGGAUUUCCACAGGUGCACACUCUCCAUGCAAGCAUUUAACUCGUCCUCCUUUGCGAUGGUGGACCUAGAAGCCAACUGAUCACACAGGCGGUUUUACAGAUGAGGAAGCCAGGUCCAUGCAUGUUCAACCAAUUUCUUCAGCUGGUUAGAGGCAGAACCAGAACCCGAGCCCAGGCUCAUCCUACAUCGCCUUCUUCUCACCUGGCUGGAGGCUCCAAGGCUCAUGCUGAGACACCAAACAUUUUCGCCAGCAUUGUUUUCAGUUGGGAAAGUUGCCUUAUUUAAAACGUCAGCUUUAUUUUAAUGCAGAUCUCAUGGUGGACUGAAUGCAUCUAAAAAGCCAUCAGUUGUAAAGCACAGCGUUGUUUUAUUUACCACCAAGAAGGGUGAGGUGGGAGAGUUGCCAAUAAACCUGAGGGAAGUCAUUGAUGGCUAAGACCAUACAAA